GGUCCCUGUGCGGUCCCUCGGAGUUUAGCUUCGGUUUCGUCCAAUGUUUUGCUGAGCCCACUUCGCGAAGUUCUAAGUGCAGUGCUUCAACGGCAAGUGACAUUCAUAUUAGCGAGCACGAUGUCCGGUCGUCGGGGCUCGGUGACGGACAGUGGACACCGAGCGUCCAUCCAGCCAGUCUUGGAACCAACGCCGCCAUUGGCCAAGCGACGCUUCGUGCACGGAGGAUUGCAGUAGCAUUUUCCUACACCCAGUGUUCGCGCUGCUGUGUGCUGCCGUUCAUCAACGAUGGAAGUCGAGACGCACGUCGAUAAAGACUGCAGCGCGCUUGGCAGCUUAUUUCAAUACAUCGUCAAUGACCUGAAGGGUGGAACUCCAAUAUGGGAGGAUUUCUUGGCAAAGGCAAGCAAGCUGCAUUCUCAGCUGAAGAUUACGGCAUCAGUUUCAGCUGCCUUCCUAGAUUCAUUCCAAAAAGUGGCUGACAUGGCUACAAAUACCAAAGGUGCCACAAAAGAAGUUGGCAAGGCACUGACCCGCCUUUGUCUUCGCCACCGCAGUGUUGAAGCAAAGCUCCGUUCAUUUACCAUGUCAAUCAUGGAGCAGCUAGUUAUUCCACUGCAAGACAAGCUAGAGGACUGGAAGAAAAGCACACUACAACUAGACAAGGACCAUUCCAAAGAAUUCAAGAGGGCACGUCAGGAGAUCAAGAAGAUGUCACUGACCUUGCGGUUGCAGAAAAAGGUUAAGAAAGGAUGCAGCGGAAAGUGGGAGAUGCAGCGUAGCCUGGAGUGUGCUCUGCAAGAGAUAGGACGGUGCCUGCUCUUAGAGGAGGCUGAAAAGCAAGCAGUGCGCCGUGCCCUGGUUGAGGAGAGGGCCCGAUACUGCCUUUGGUGGCCUGCCUCACACCAGUCUGUAAAAAUUCGUUACAUGGAAAUUGGGAUGAACACACUUGUCAUACUGAGCUUGAAAGAAGAGGAGCUGUUGAUGCUGCAAGAGACAUCCCAUUUACAGGAGAUUUGGAUUCCUUGGCCAAGCUACUCGAAAUCCUGAAUGCCUUCCUCAGCUAGUGAACAGGUCAUCACAGACCUAAAGGGGUCUCAAGGCACUUGGACCUUCCAGGGUGUGCCCUCAAGUCCGGAUUCCUUGGGUUCACGUAAAUCCAGCAUGUGCAGCAUCAGCAGCUUCAACAGCUCCUCCAGUGGUAGCACCAAGUCUCAUUCUCCCUCUCAUCAGCUGCGGUGUCGGACAGCCUCACAGCAGCCACCUGUAGGAGGACCACUACGGCUGUCAAGUGUGUCGUCACAAGAUUCUGGCUUCACUUCACAGGAUACCCUGUUUUUGAGGCCUCCAUCGCCCGAGGGACUGGUGUCGGGAGGGGACACUGGAGCAUCAUCACUGCCAGGCUGUGCUUCAAGUAGUCCUUCGUCACCAUUUCCUACUACGCCCUCGGUGACUUCCACCUGGCCUAAUUUGCAGGACAGCCUGCAAUUUGAGCGGGCCAUGAAUUCAGUGCUGCGGUGCCAAAGACCACACACUAUCUCUUCUGCAUAUGAGCGGUCAGGCCACCAGGCAAGGCCUCUGCUUACGGCGGAGACGUUUCAACCCCUUGAAGGCGACUUACUGAGUGGCUCCAAUCACAGUGGCAGUGCUGACACACUGACUUCAACAUCGGGGGACAGCUCAGAUGGCCUGGAGCUGACACCCACUAGAGGGCCUCGGCCACCAGUACCCAUCAGGACCACAUCGAGCACCAGUACUGCACCUUCUUUGCCAGAGAAGCCAGCUGUGUUGAAACAUGCAGCCUCAGCUGUGGCUACAGUAUCAGCGACUUCUCAGCCGAUAUACGCAAAUGCAGACGACCUGGCACUGCCAUCUUCAACACUUUCUGGCACAGAGUCUCCUCCAUUGCCACCACCUCCUGUCCAGGAGUCAUUGCAGGCAAUUGCAGCAUGGGAACCGAUAAUGCGAUGCCGUGAGAAGGAUCAGCAUUACAGGCACAUGAAGCCUACAAGACAUAUUCACCAAGUAGCCUCAAUACGAUAUGAAG